CGCGGACACCGUGUAAUGACGCCAUCAGAGCGCGCCGCCGGGCUGCACCCUGGUCCCCGCUCGCUGUACGGAGCCAGGCCCAGAGCCGCGGCGGUCGCCAUGGAGACGGACACGCAGGGGCCCUUCGUGCUGAGCAACCUGGCCGAGGUGGUGGAGCGGGUCUUGAGCUUCCUGCCCACCAAGGCGCUGCUGCGAGCGGCCUGUGUGUGCCGGUUAUGGAGAGAAUGCGCUCGUAGAAUACUGAGAACGCAGCAGAGCAUAGCCUGGGUAUCUGCCCUUGAGCCUGGUCCAUCUGAUACUCAUUCGCUCGUCCGCACAUUAGCAGAGGAACUUGAGAAAGUGCAUGUCCUGCCACAAACUGUGCUCUACAUAGCAGAUGCAGAGACUUUCAGUGGGCAUGAAGACUGUCAUGGGCAAAAGAAAGCAAGAAAAAGAAAUAGUAAAGAAACAGCAAUUUCAUUAGAGAAACUAUUGCCAAAACGAUGCCAAGUUCUGGGACUGGUCACCCCUGGAAUUGUAGCUACUCCUAUGGGCUCACAUGGGAAUCGGCCUCAAGAAAUUGAAGAUGGUGAAGCUGGCUUUGCUUUAUUGUUCCCCAAAAUUGAUGGUGUGAAGAUCCAUACUUUUCACUUGUUUAAAGAUCUGAAGAACAGAGUCUUUGAUGAAAGUAAAUUUGCUGAGGCAGGUCUCAAGAACAAUCCUGACCUCCGAGUGGUUCUUCUGUUUGGCUACAAUUCCUGGCGGACAGGAGCAACUCGAUUUCUUCACCAAGUUGUCAAUCCUUUGAAUGAAAAAAGUAUCAUUCUGGCUGGUGGGCACGUGGAGAACUUCACAUCACUAACCUCAGAAAAUGGUAACAAUCAGCCUGGUGAUUCCUGUGGGGUCGUUGGAUUGGCUUUCAGUGGACCCCAAAUACAGAGUGCUACAGUUUUGUUAGACCAGGAUGUCGUUGACGAGAGGACAGCAGAAGCAGCCAUGCAGCGUCUCAAAGCAGCAAACAUUCCAGAGCACAACACCAUUGGCUUCAUGUUUGCAUGUGUGGGCAGGGGCUACCAGCAUUAUAAAACCAAGAGGAAUCUUGAAGCAGAUGCAUUUAGAAAAUUUUUUCCAAACGUUCCCCUCUUUGGCUUUUUUGGACAUGGAGAAAUAGGAUGUGAUCGAAUAGUCACCGGGAAUUUCAUACUGAGAGAAUGUAAUGACAUAAAGGAUAAUCUGCUCCAUGGGUAUACUACAGUUAUGACUCUUAUUCAUCUUGGUUCAGCUAAACCCAACCAGGUUUAAAUGUGUUUUUUAAGCAUCAGUUGAGCUCCUUGGUGGCUUCUGGGACAGUGGAUAUGUUUGCAGUGAAGGCAUCUUCCAGAAUGUAAAGGAAAUAGCUUUCUUGUAAUGUUCUCAGAUCUUGUAGUCAGAAUAGAGUUUAAUAUAAUAGGUGUGGGAAGGCUUUGCAUUUUGUGUAAUAAAGUGCACAAGUCAGUUGCAGGUAAAUGUACAUGUGAUGGAAUCUUGCAAUAGAAAGAAGUUUUCUUUUUCUAAAUCUAGGAUUUGCACAUAUGACAGUCAAGUCCCAAAUUAACACAACAGUGUAGCAAUGAAGUCAGUAUUUGAUGUAAUCUAUUCUAUAAAUAUAUAUAAAACAGUCUGGGGAAAGCUACUGAUGGUCAUGUGAUUGAUUUCACUGAAACUGUUUUCAAGACAGACAGCUACACACGCUCUCCACAUCUGGAAUUGGAACCUGUUAACAAAAAGGCCUCUCUUUCUUAGGCGAGAUGAGUGAGAAUCUUUGGAUAAGAAUCAUGCCAUAUCCAUUCAAUAAAAUACAAAAUAUGUAAGAUGUCUAGUAUUGUCUAUAUUAAGAAAGAAAAAUGUGAUAUAAAGGAAAGCUCUCCAGUUAUAAACUGACAUGACUAAACACCUUGUAGUCAAACAGUUUUGAAUAUGUUAUAUACUCUUUACUUGUUUAUAUAUUAGUCUCUGUAGGAGUAGGGUCAUGGGGUGGAAGAGAAGAAAAAGGUGUUGCCUGUUUAUCUCAUUUUUACUUUAAUGGACAUGUUUUUUUCCCCCAGGCUUCUCUGGGUUGAAGUUCUUAAAUGUGCCAUUUUCCAUGGUUUCUCAUUUGCAUCAAUACAACUAGGGGUACUUCAGAUUGUUCUGUCAGUGGAGCUUUAUUAUAAUUUAAAUAUUUUUCCUUAUCUUAAUCAGUGAAAAUAAAGAUGAGAAAAAAUUA